AUGCGCGGUGGGCCAGACAGUGUGCUGUAUGUAUACGACAACGCCGGCGCGACUCUAUGAGCUGGCAUUGGGUGCUGAAGCGAUGCGAGUGCGCGGUGCUGCCUUACAGGAUCGGGCCGGGGAUAGCUUGGAGCAGCUCAAGAUGUACAGAUCUGUCUCGUUGGCGAUGACAAAGGUAUAAUUGGUAGUCUGAGUACCUAGAAGGCUGCUAUAUCACGUCUGAGUCUACAAACCCCACGCGACCAAGAUCAUGGUCACGAGCCCCCGGAGCGGGCAUGAUGUGUCGAAAUGUAAUAUGCAAGGUAGGUAGAUCAUGCAUGCACCCAGUCGGGCCUUACGCAAUGGCGAUCAAUAUCCGGCGCUCCGGCAACGACCGAGCCGCUGUCAAGAUCAAGGCUCGAGUGGAUGGCAGAACCCAAUGCGCUGGGACAAAGCCUCGUCUAACGACGCCUCAUCGCAAGGUUUAUCAAUACCUAUUCCCGUCGCUACCCAUUUUGAUUUCAUCUGACUCCUUUUGGACUUUCUACGUGAAAUUACAGCCUUGGACUCUUCCACUGCCCGCAUUUGAACUCCAGACGCCACCGUGUCUAGACACUUCUGGUCUCGUUGUCCCCUUCAAGCUGUAUUACAGCAGCCACCGCAGCCCUUCGUGCCCGCUGGUCAUGUCCCUUAUGGCCCAAGCAGACCAGCGUACCGCCUCCUCUUCAGCGCCACGCCUUCGCCCCUGUCCAAUGCCAUGCCUUCCGGUUCUUCAGAAAGCUCUCGUUUCAGUUAAUCGCGAACUUCGGCUCCCGUUCUCUUUCCGGAGCAUCUUUGAUUCUGCCAGAAAAGGCCGUCUGUUUUACUCAAUUCGCCUCGAUGGCCUUCUGAAGGAGCACAGCUUGACACAUCAGGAAUGCGAUCUUACACAUGGCAAACUUGCGGACCUCCGCGGCGACCCUACGCAGGAUAUCGGUGCAUGGAAUGCAUGUCACCUUGAAUGCUUCGUGUGUGAGAACGCAACGCUUGAUGCAGUCCCCUUGGUUAAACGGCCGUCCCGCCCGAGGUAGGUGGCUGAAUGCGAUGCGAA